AGCAUCAUCAGGGCGGAGGGAGUGAUCCUGAGCUCGUUCUUCUUCUUCAACAGGCUCCCCUUCUUCUAUGGUGAAGAAGGGUGAAAAAGAGAAGCCUCUUCCGUAUGCCUCAUCACGAGCAACUGAUCCGGAGCUCUUCCGUCCCCGGUCAACACCGCAGAGGAGGAGUUCCUCUGCACGUUGACCAGAAAUGGCAUAUCAGUAAGGGAGGAAUCACAAAGGGGACAGAGACGACUCGCGGAGGAGGAGUUCCUCUGCACGUUGGCCAGAAAUGGCAUAUCAGUAAGGGAGGAAUCACAAAGGGGACAGAGACGACUCGCGGAGGAGUUCCUCUGCACGUUGACCAGAAAUGGCAUAUCAGUAAGGGAGGAAUCACAAAAGGGUCUCCUCCUUCUGCCAUCUUGUCUUUUGGCUUUGUGAGGACUUUUAGUGGGAAAGGUCACAUAUCUCUUGGUGCAGGUUUGAGUGCCGCAGUAGGCAUUGCCGGAAGGGCCGCUGAAGCUGGUCUUCGUGCCGGUGACGGUGGUUGUGCACCCUGCUAUACCUACAGCUUCAGUAAAGGAGCAUUUGUGGGAUGCUCUCUUGAAGGGAGUAUGGUGACAACCCGCACACGAGAAAAUUCAAGAUUUUAUGGCGAUCCAUCAAUCACUGCAUCAACCGUUCUUCUGGGAUCCAUGCCCCGCCCCCCUGCAGCCGCUAUCUUGUACUAUGCACUUAAUGAUUUGUACAAGAAAAUAGAGAACUCAUGAAAAACACAUUGUUCAUUUGUUUUCAACGCAAACUGUAUAUUCUCCAUCCACUCUCAUCUUACAUAGAAUGAUUCUAGUGCAUCGCAUCCUUACAGCAAACGGACGGCUUUUUGUAAAGCAAUUGCAUGUGUGUGUUUUGUGUGUGUAAAAUCUCAAGCAGGUGUAUGACCAAGUGAAGAUGCUCUCGACCGUUAGAUUUCUUUACCUUUUCAACUCAGUCAGCUGAUCUAAAAGUCGAGAGCAUUCGUACUUGACAGAAAUGGUCAGUGAGGCUUGAUAAACUUAUCAUUUAAGCAACAACACGAGGGGUUGGAAUCAAGAAAAGCCGAUUCUUUUUUCCAACAGCAAUUCCAGGCUUCUCUGUAAGAUCAAAAGAAUCAAUAGUGAUUCCAGGAGGGAACUCCCAAUCAAAGUGGAAGAGGACGAAGCUCUCCGGAUCCACCCAAUAGCAGGGAUCCCUAGCUAUGGCCCACACGUUAACCAGCACUUGGGUUCCCCGCGGUAUGGUGUACCCUCCGCUAACCAUGGUUUCUUCCAUGCACUCUCGAGGAAGCAACAAGGGAGUGGGGGGAUGGCACCUCAGAGUCUCUUUCACCACCGAGUUUAAGAGGCCAAGAAUUUUCCACGAGGGAAACACAUCCACAAAAUCCAAUUGUCCCACCAACUCAAAUAUGUUCUUCACUAGCACCAUUAACUCUUUUCUUCCAGUGAAUGAAUUACCUGUAGUAUA